AUUGUCAAAAAAGUUAUACACCACGUUUGCGGCAUUGUUUUGAUGAAAUAAUAAUAGAAAAGAUCAGUUCAAAGAGCAAUAUUUUACAUAAAUAAAUAGCUUUCUAGUAAAGGAACACGUUAAGUCCGAGAAAAUGGCCCGUGGAAAGGACAAAAAGAAGCGUAAAUUAGAGAAGAAACAGGAAGGUGAUGAUGUCCCGAAAAAGAUUCCUCACACCUUGGAGUCCUUGCGAGAGAAAGACGAGACUAUUGUUGCAAAUGCGGAGGCUGAAGAACAAGAAGAGGCACAAAAGGACCUCGAACUAGAUGAAUUAUCAUCAUACUAUCAGAACUCAUAUGAGCCGAAAGUGCUGAUAACAUACUCGGACAACCCUCACACUAAGACUAGGAUAUUUGGCAAAGAACUCGCUAGGUUAAUCCCGAACUCUAUUUCAAGAUAUAGACAGAGGUCAUCAGUAAAAAAAAUAGUCACCUCAGCAAAGAGAGAAGACGUGACAGAUGUGAUCAUCAUCAACGAGAACCAGAAGAACCCAAAUGGCUUCCUCCUGAUCCACUUGCCUGAUGGACCGACGGCACACUUCCGACUGUCCAGCUGCAAGAUCACACCCGAGCUGCGAAAGGACUAUAAGGAUAUCACUAUACACAGACCUGAGGUGAUCCUCAACAACUUCAGCACGCGCCUCGGGCUGACGGUGGGCCGCAUGCUCGGCGCGCUGUUCCACUACGAGCCCGAGUUCCGCGGCCGCCGCGCCGUCACCUUCCACAACCAGCGGGACUAUAUCUUCUUCAGGCAUCAUCGAUACGAGUUCACAAAGGACGGUCGGCGCGCCAAGCUCGCCGAGCUCGGGCCGCGGUUCACCCUGCGGCUGGUGUCGCUGCAGCAGGGCACCUUCGACUCCAAGACCGGCGACUACGAGUGGAUCAUCGCGGGCCGCCGGCACCAGCUCGAGACUUCUAGAAGACGGUUCUUCCUGUAAUAUCUUGGACUUCUUAAACUCAAGUUUCGCAGAUUUUGUUGUGUAAGACGUUGUAGGAGUUAAGUUAAGACGUGUUAUGUUGAAAGUGGAGUAAAAGUUUGUACGUAAUCAGA